UAUGCUACUAUUCUACCCUGUCUUUACAGUCCGAGAUAGUGCAAUCGCUUCACAUACCUCGUGUGCUCCCUGGAUCAUGGCUGGGUGUUGUACAUUCUUAAAUAUUUUGUGGAAAUAUAGGAAUUACAUUAUAGUAGUCCUGACACCUCUUCUUCUUUUGCCUUUACCACUGCUCAUACCCACUCCGGAAGGAAAAUGUGGCUUUGCAAUAAUAUUGAUGGCUCUCUACUGGUGUACAGAAUGCAUCCCUCUGGCUGUUACUGCACUUUUGCCUGUUAUACUCUUUCCUAUGUUGCAAAUUAUGGAAUCAGAUGAGGUUUGCAUCCAGUACUUGAAAGACUCCAACAUGCUUUUCUUUGGUGGGCUUGUGGUCGCUAUCGCUGUUGAACAGUGGAACCUGCACAAGAGAAUCGCCCUACAGGUUUUGCUUGUCAUAGGGGUCAAACCCUCUUUCCUUAUGGUAGGGUUCAUGAGCACCACAGCCUUUUUGUCCAUGUGGAUCAGUAACUCAGCUGCUACUGCCAUGAUGCUGCCCAUUGCUAAGGCCGUGCUGGAUCAGCUAUCUGACACAGAGGCACGAGCAGAAGAGAAAGAGUGGGAAAUGAUGGUUGUCAGUGAUGGUGAAGAGAACUCAGCGUUUCAAAUGGAGGAUGACAAAACUGACACGGACAGUGUGCUGCAUGUACAGGUCCACGGAUUCACUAAAGAUGCAAUUAAACAUGAAAACAGCAAAGACCUGCAAGAUGCUGGAGAGGAUGAUAAUUAUUGUUGUGCCAAAAGAGCAGAGGCUGAGCAGCGGAGAGCGAACAGGGAACAGAAAUACUCCAGACUGUCCAAAGGAAUGAGCCUGGGCAUCUGUUACUCUGCCAGCAUUGGGGGCACGGCCACACUAACUGGGACCACUCCAAAUGUGAUCCUGAAAGGCCAGAUUGAUGAACUCUUUCCAGACAAUGGUGGUAUCAUUAACUUUGCCAGCUGGUUUGGUUUCUCAUUUCCCAACAUGGUUCUGAUGCUGGUGCUGUCAUGGUUGUGGCUGCAGAUUUUAUUUGUGGGUUUCAACUUGAAAGAAUCAUUUGGAUGUUGUACAAAAAGCCAAGGUCAAAAAGAGGACUAUCAGGUGAUUAAACAUGAGUACAAGAAGCUGGGCCCGAUAAGGUUUGCUGAGGCCUGUGUGCUCCUGAUCUUCACUCUGUUGGUUCUGCUGUGGUUCACCAGAGAUCCAGGCUUCAUACCAGGCUGGGCCACUGUUCUCUUCAAUCAGCAGAAAAAGUACGUCACAGAUGGUACAGUGGCUAUACUGAUGUCAUCACUGUUUUUCUGCAUCCCAUCCAGUUUGCCUCCAUGUUGUUGCGGUUCUUCAGAUGGGGCCUCUGCUGAAGCCCCACCCCCAUUGCUGAGUUGGAGCAUAGUCCACCAGAAGUUGCCCUGGAACACCCUUCUGCUUCUAGGGGGAGGUUUUGCUCUUGCUCAUGGCAGUGAUAAAUCUGGACUGUCUGCCUGGUUGGGGGACACUCUCAUUCCAUUACAAAAUAUUCCCCCAUUUGCUAUUUCGAUCCUGCUUUGUUUACUGGUGGCCCUUUUCACAGAGUGCUCCAGUAACACUGCCACCACAACUCUGUUUCUGCCCAUUCUGGCCUCAAUGGCUGUAGCUAUCAAGAUCCAUCCCAUGUAUGUCAUGAUUCCAUGCACUUUUGCUUCCAACUUGGCAUUCAUGCUUCCUGUGGCCACACCCCCCAAUGCUAUAGCCUUCUCCUUUGGUAACCUCAAAGUCGUGGACAUGGUCAAGGCUGGGUCCAUGCUGAAUAUUAUUGGUGUUGUAACCAUCAAUCUUGCCAUUAAUACCUGGGGUGUAGCAAUGUUUCACCUCAACACAUUUCCAGAGUGGGCCAAUGUCACAGUGAAACCAUAAAUAUGAACGAAAAAUAUUUUCUUAUCU